CCAGUCGCGCUGUUCUGUAAUACGAGCCUGGCGUUGGUCUGACGCACAGCACACGGACACACGGGCAAAUCUGCACUUUAUUCACGGAUUUAACUUUGAUCCACGCUUAAAAACUUAGAAAAAGCAACAUGAAGCUGUUUUUUAGGAUAGCGGGGUUGUUUUUGCUCCUGAGCGGGACCCUGGCGCAGGACAUGAAUUUUGACCUCGCAGAUGCGUUGGAUGAUGGACCCAAAGUAACAGCAGCACCGCCCAAAAAAGACAAGGAUAUGACCUUUGACCUGUCUGAUGCAUUUGGAGAUGAUGAUCCUGUCCCAACUAAACCACCUGUUGUUGCCCCGCCUAGUGGUGGAGGAGGUGGAGGAGGGACUCUGAAGGACACUGACUUGUUUGACGUGGGUGGAGGAGGAGGAGGCUAUGAGCCAGACGGUGGCAGGUCUGGAGGUCGAGGCAUGGAUCCUGAAUACAAUCCCAACAGCGGAGGAGGAGACCAGGCUCAAGGUGCAGAGCUCGAAUGGGCCCCGCUCCUGAAGAUGCUCUAUGCUAACGUCCCAGAGGACUUCUUUAUUUGGAUGUCCAACUUUAGACACAAGCUUGCACCAGUUUUAGAGCGCGUUCUGGACCUCCUAUACUCUCUGCCCGGGGAGGACAAGCAGGAACUAUAAAUAGAACAUGGAUUGGACAUCAAAUUUAAGUCAGAUGCCCUCUCGGAUGCUGGAGUUAUAUUUUGAAUUUCAUGUAUGGUUUAAUUAGAAGUUUGACAUGGAUUUUGCAUUUUGGAUUUAAGUCCUUAAGACCUUCCAGAUGUUGUAGUUCUGGUAUGAGGUUUUCACAGGGUAAAUUAGGGUAUUUUGGUGUAUCUUGUUUAAGUGUACGUUUAACGGUACUUUAAGAUAUUUUGUUGCAUUUGGGGGCAAUAUUCUUUUUAUUUAUUGUUAAGUUACUGAUGUUUAAGUGUUAAGGUCACCAUGUAAACAUGUACUUUCCAUAAACUAUAAACAUAAAAAAAGUACUGUAAAUUUCAGACUACAGAGCGCACCUGAAUAUAAGCCGCACUAACUACAUUUGAAAAGAAAAUCAAUUUUGUACAUAUAUAAACUACACUUGAAUAUAAGCCGCAGGUUUUCAUGUUGUAAAAUGAGAUAUUUACACAGAAAGACGGUACACAGAAGGUCUUUUUGAGUUUUAAGUUUUAAACUGUGCCUGAAAAUCAGCAGUACAGCACCAACACGAGGUGCACCAACACGUAACAUGAGAUGAACAUACCUGCAUGUUUAGAAAAUAAAACUUCUUUGUGUGUUUUCCAUGAGGAGAGUGUGUGCAUGAUGCGCAAAUUGACAGUCCAAAAUCAAACCUUGUGUAUUCUUCAGCGCAUAAUCUUUCUGUCUGUCUCACUUUUAUGUUUACUGCAAGAGAGUGCCCCCUGGUGGCCGUUAGCCAGUAAAAAUCCAUAAAUUAUUCACACUGUUGUAUAAGCCACAGGGUUCAAAGUGUGGGAAAAAAGUAGCGGCUUAUGGUCCGAAAUUUACGGUACAUUUUAUUUUGGGUAGACAAGAAACAAGCACAAUGCUCUUAAUACUGACACAUUUACUUCUCUGUAAUUCUCAUGAGAAGAAUAAACAAACAUACUGCACCAGGGCUGAAUCCAGAUUAAACCAGGACUCAACCAGGUCUACAUGAGGUCUACAGGUGGUCCACAUGAGCGCUAGGUAAGGAAAGAGAUGAGUCCAUUGAAAUUAGACCAGGCCUAAACAAGAUAAAAAAUCUGACUAAACCAGGUCCAAAACAGGACAGAAAGUCUUCUGCCUGAAAAGUUACAUAGUGCACCUCUAAGUAUAAAGUGAUAACCCUACCACUCAGCUUUAGCCUCCAGUAGCGCUGCAGCUAACAGUUUUUAGCAGUCGACCAGUCAAACAAUUAUUUCUAUUGUACUUUGAGAAUUUGAAACACAAUUUUAAUCAAAUAAAGGUGGAAAUUUGGUGAUGGCAACAGAACAUAUGGACAGUUUGUUAUAAAAAAGCACUAUUACUGUAUAACACUGUAUAAUCCAGACCACUUGGACCUAAAGACUGUUAAGAUUAUUUUUGGUUGGUUGUUGCAGCUCUGUUCUCCAGUGUGCUGUAUAAAGCUGUAUGUUUAAAAUGUAUCAGGAUUUCAAAUAGUAAAUAUUUAGGGCUAUUUUAUUUAAAUUGAAGCAACGUAUAAAGAACACACAAACACAGUGUGUAUAUUUGUAUACAUAUUUAAAGAACACACAAGCACAGUACAUAUAUGUUUAUACAUGUUUAAUGAACACAGAGUGCGUAUAUGUUUAUACAUGUUUAAAGUUACUAACAUGAAAGUACUGCCUGACCACUGGAGCGCUUCUUUAGUAGCUGUUAAAGUUUACAUCUGAACAACAAAAUGUGCCUCUCCCUCUGACCUUUGACCUUUGACCCCUGUUACACUGGUUUUAUGGACUAUAGUUUACAAAGGUGAAUUUGUGUUACUUUUAUUGUGGUGGAAGAAAAA